CAAUAUUGGCGAAGCGUUUCAGUGAUUUAGAGAAUAUGUUUAUUAGUUUAGCCUUCUGCUUACCGCUGCGGCUAGCGCAGUGAGCUAGCCUCAUGACUACGGUAGCCAUGGCAGUAGUUCGGGGAAAGCAUAUUUUUAUCUCUGUCUCUCUGAUAGUUUAGCCUUCUGCGUGAGCUCACCGUGGAUGUAUAUCGAGAAAGGACCUCACAGCUUCGGCGCAGCCAUGAUGGCAACUGUAUGAAGCGCGUGCUCACCUGGUGGGACGGGCUUAGUACAGAGAGAGGAGAGCUGCAGGAUGUUGUCUUUUUGUCCACUUGGGAGCAGCGGAAACAAGCUGUAAACACAAUACUGCCAUGUUCUCCCCUAAUAAAGUUGACAAGGCAAACUGUUAGCUAACAGGUUACACAACAUUAACAUUCAUUUGAAGACUAUAAGUCCAAAAUUCACUCUGCUUUUAGCUCUGUUUUGGUCUCCAUCAACUCCUGAGGGAAAUGCUAAAUGCUCCAACCUAUAUAUUCAACAGCUAUGUUCCAACUGUUUAGUUAAAUAAGCUAAAUAAAGAAGCAGCAAAGAGUCCUCUGAAUUCCCCUCAUACGUAGCCUACUGCUUAUGUAAUUUUUCAAUAAUUUAAUUCAAUAACAGUAUAGUAUGUUAUAUUACUGUGUGUAAACAUUUAAGAAAGGUACUCUUGAUUUUUAGACUUUGGUGUCAGUAAAGCUUGGUGUAGCUGUCUGACAUUAUUAACAUUUUCACACACUUGCAACUAAUUUUCUAUAUACUGUAGGUACAAAAUGUUAAAUGAUCUGAUAGCCUACAUGCAUUAUUUAUCACCAGUUAUUCAGUGUGAAAACUAAGAUACGGUUUUAUUGGUUUAUUCUUUACAAGUGUGCGUGCAGCAUUUCCUUUGUUUUAGUCCAUGUCAGAUAAUAACCCAGUGAGCAGUCCACUAAUACGCUGCGUUAAUAGGAUUGAGAGGAACAUUUAGUCCCCUGGGGCUUCAUUCACAUGCAUGUUCAGUCACAGUCAGGUCGGUAAGCCAGAGGGACAGACAUGAAGGACCCGCAGCUCCCAGCCAUUAAAGCGCGCCUGUGGCCAAAGCAGAAAGAGAGCCAAAAAUCCAAACCGUCAUCUCUGGUGGCGGAAAAGACGACCAAGAAGCCCCCGGCUUCUGCCGCCGUAUGUGCCAUCCCACAGCUGACUGAAGCAGAGAGAAUGAGGCAGACGCCGUUCGAGAGGGUUGUCUACGACAUGGCCCACAACGAGAGGAUCGUCAACGACUUGAUGCUCGGUCGAAGGGUCGGCUUCUACGAGCUGCGUGGAGAGAUUGGGCAGGGGAACUUCUCUACGGUCAAGUUGGGCAUCCACGCCUUAACGAAAGAGAGAGUCGCCAUCAAAAUCAUGGACAAGAUGCGUCUGGACGAGAAGAGCCAGCCGAUGAUGUCGUCAGAGAUCAGCUGCAUGGAGAAGCUGUGCCAUCCCAACAUAGUGCGACUGUACGAGGUGAUGGAGACCAGCAGGAAGAUGUAUCUGGUGAUAGAGUACGGCAGCAGUGGAGACCUGUUCUCCAGAAUCACCACCAGGGGGAAGCUCAACGACCUGGAAACCAAGCUGGUCUUUGCACAAGUCGUCUCUGCUGUUAAACACAUGCAUGACAUCAACGUCGUCCACAGAGACCUGAAGGCGGAGAACAUCUUCUACACCACCAGCUACUGCAUCAAAGUCGGUGAUUUUGGCUUCAGCACAGAGAGCGGCCCUAAUGACCUCCUCACCAACUUCUGUGGCUCGCCACCGUACGCCGCUCCUGAACUGUUUAAGGAUAAAGGUUACAUCGGACGCUAUUCAGACACCUGGGCUUUAGGUAUUCUCUUGUACUUCAUGGUGACGGCCACUAUGCCCUUUCACGGGGAAAAAAUGGGGAAGCUGAAGCGCUGCAUCCUCCAGGGGGCCUACAGCAUCCCUGAUUAUGUGCCCGAUGAAUGCCAGCUGGUCAUUAAGAGCAUGCUGCGUCCGGUGCCUGUUGAUCGCCCGUCUCUUGCACAUAUUUUAAACAGCGCUUGGCUGAAGGGGAUCGAGUGCCCUCGUCCGUAUGUCUUGUUGCCCCUGUCGCCGGCACACUUUGCCCAGGACAAACAGGCUCUGUGUGUGGAGGAGCAGGAGGUGAAGAGUUUGCUGUCAGAUCUGGGUAUUGUGGCAAUCCAUUUCCAAAACAACCCCUGCUUAAACUGUAGAAGCCCGUUGACAGGGACCUACCGGAUCCUUCUCCAUCGGGUCCAGAAGAGGAGGUCAGUGGAGGCUGUGGGUUAUUCAGCGCUUCACCCUGAUGAGUACGGAGGUCCGAAUACGUGGACUGUAGCACCUGUGGACAAACACAAUCCCUCGCAUGUCUGUGCUGUACUUUAAGGAGAAAUAACUGGACUAGUUGUGGCACUUUAUCACACGCACACGCACUCAUGUGGUUGCAGACACUCAUUUCAGGUCCUUAAUCGGUGAAGCGUUAUGUUACAUGUUGAGUAACACUCAAGUUGUGUUGUGCAAUACUGGACCGAAAAGACGAGUUGAGGUUGGAGUCGGUGGGUUUUUCUGUCCCACAGUAAGUCAAUUAUAGCUUACGGAUGAGGCACAUCUCUUAAGUAAUUUGCUAUGGCUUUGUGUUCUGUUUACAUCACCAACAAAAGCUUACUGACGCACAUCAUUCUUCAAUCGCUGUAUGGCUAUCAGCAUCUUCCAAUCCCUCUUAGUCAGAGCAUAAAUCUACCGAAGUAAUCCAAGGCUACAGGUAAUCCUAAUAAGAUAAAACACUGAGAACAUGCUUGGGUCACAGAAAUUAAAUCUGAGACUGUGGAAAAAUAUCUUGGGGGGGAAAAAUUACAUUAGGCAUGGAACCAAAAG